GGCCAGAGCGAGGCUUGGAACGCACGAGACCGGAAGUAAUCACUUCCUGGAUCUUUGGCGCUGUGAGCAUGGAGUCAGCUGAGCCGGAGACAGCCGCCGCCUUCCACCCCAGCGAACAUCAGCACGUUCGGUAUAACCCGCUGCGUGAUGAAUGGGUGCUGGUGUCUGCCCAUCGCAUGAGGCGGCCGUGGCAGGGUCAGGUGGAGAAACCUCCGGAGGAAAACAUUCCCAGAUGUGAUCCGGGUAACCCGCUGUGCCCAGGGGCCAAGAGAGCCGGCGGGGAGGUGAAUCCGGAAUAUUCCGGGACGUUUGUCUUUGAAAAUGAUUUUCCAGCUUUGCAGCCGGAUGCCCCAGAGCCAGGUCCCAGCGAACACCCGCUGCUGCAAGCAAAGUCUGCCCAAGGGAUCUGCCAGGUCAUGUGCUUCCACCCCUGGUCAGACAUUACUCUUCCGCUGAUGUCCACGCAGGAGAUCCGGGUGGUGAUUGACAAGUGGGCAGAGAUCAUGGAAGAUUUGGGGGCCACGUACCCUUGGGUUCAGAUCUUUGAGAAUAAAGGCGCCAUGAUGGGCUGCUCCAACCCCCACCCGCACUGCCAGAUCUGGGCCAGUAACUUCCUUCCUAACGAAGCCCAGAUAGAGGACAGAACGCAGAGGGGCUACCUGGGCGAGCACGGAGUCCCCAUGUUACUGGAGUACGGGAGGCUGGAGGAAAAGCGCAGGGAGCGCGUGGUGCUGGAUAACGAGCACUGGUUGGUGGUUGUUCCUUACUGGGCCGUCUGGCCGUUCCAGACUCUUCUCCUGCCCCGUCGGCACGUCACCCGCCUGCAGGACCUGAGCGACGCAGAGAGAGACAGCCUGGCCUCCAUCAUGAAGCGCCUUCUCUGUAAAUACGACAAUUUGUUUGACAUCUCCUUCCCGUACUCGAUGGGCUGGCACGGGGCUCCCACCGGCUCCCAUCUCUCUGAUGACUGCAGCCACUGGCAGCUGCAUGCGCAUUACUUCCCCCCACUCCUGCGCUCAGCCACUGUGCGCAAGUUCAUGGUGGGAUACGAGAUGUUGGCUCAGGCGCAGAGAGACCUCACUGCAGAGCAGGCGGCCGAGCGUCUCCGGUGCCUCCCCGAGGAACAUUACAAGCUGAGAGAUUUGGGGGCAUCGUCGGUGAAGUGAGAUUGCGGGGGGAACCUGCGCCGAUGGGUCUUUUUGAGUGGAUUUUGCACUGCCACCGGCACUGGAUCCCUGCACGAUCGCUCCCGCCGACCAGAAACAGCAGAGCCUGGCGCAGUCUAACAAUGAAAUGUUUAAUUCUCUGCAUGAGGAGCGGGGGCCGAGUCGGGCCGAUAACCGUCGUGAAAACCGGAGAGAAAUCACUAGACUCACGCGUUCGGAGUCAUGCAAAUUUUAAAUUUAACAAAAUUAUCCAAUUUCCUUAAUUCAUAUGAAAUUAAGCAAAUUAUAACGAAA